UCAGUCAGUCCCAACGUCUGCUGUGCUCCCUGCCAUGAAGGAGCGGCAGGUUUUAUCGUCUGCUCCUACACGACCGCUGCACACUUGUCACGCCACAGCAGCUGCUCAGAGGUUUAAGGACCAGCGUCCUGAAGUCCUUCUGCUCCAUUCAGCUGCAGGGCGAGCUGGAGGAAGAGCCUCCCUCACUCCUGAUCGAGCGCUCAGCUCUCAAAGUUUUUAAGCCACUUCUUUUUUUGGUGAUUUUUGUGCUUGGAAGGAGCCCAGCACCUUCAGGCUGAACCUGUUGGUCUGAACUUUAAAGUCGAGGCUCUUAUCAGGACAGCUCUUCUGUUCGGGUUCAGAGGACAAGUUUUGACAGCCAGGCUUCUCAACACCCCCCACCCCCUCUCCGCUCUGUCGCUCCUGACAGAGGGAAGGAAAGGCAGCGUGAAGAGGUGGUGACUUCAUCCUUUCUACCCAACCCUCUUCUCUCUCCUCCCUCCUUUUCCAAGCUUGCUUCCCCCCUCCAAUAUUUGUUUCACAGCACAGCGAGGCAGCAUGCCAGCAGUUUUCAUCCUGCUGCGGUCCCUGGUUAUCAGGCUCCUCAGUAGCAGACUGGCAGGCUCCCUGGCACAGUUCCUCAGAAGAAGCCUCACCACGGGCGCUGCCCACCUUGGCACGGCGUUGCGGCACAUCUGGGAGCGCGUCCGAUCCCAGGAGUCAAAGGAAGCCGUCCUGGGCUGUGUGCUGUGCAUUCUUAACAUGCACAAGAAGGUGGAGAACUGA